AUGACUCCAGAAGAAAAUGCGCAAUCCUUCUUGCUUGAUUCCCUUUACUGUCAAGAGGAAAAAUGGGGAGAAUUUGAAGAAGGCGGCUUUGAAAAAAUCUCCUUUAAUGGAGGAAGUCUGUCUCAUUUUCCUUUACUGUUGACAGAACAAGAUUUGUUCUGGGAAGAUGAAGAACUUAACUCACUUUUCUGCAAAGAAAAUGAAGCAUUUCUAGAUGGAACAGGCUUUUCUCUUUCUCCGCAGGCACGCACAGAUACAGUUGAAUGGAUCUUGAAAGCCAAAAAUUUUUAUGGGUUUUCAGCGUUGACUGCCAUUCUCGCAGUAAAUUAUCUUGACAGGUUCCUUUGCAGCAUCCAUUUUCAGAAAGAGAAGCCAUGGAUGAUCCAUCUUGCAGCUGUUACUUGCCUCUCUUUGGCUGCAAAAGUUGAAGAAACUUAUGUUCCCCUCCUCUUAGAUCUUCAAAUCGAGGAUCCAAAAUGCAUGUUCGAGACGAAAACCAUUCAAAGAAUGGAGCUUGUGGUGUUAUCAGCACUUAAUUGGAGGAUGAAUCCAGUGACUCCACUAUCAUUUCUUGAUCACAUUAUUAGAAGGCUGGGAUUAAAGAGCAAUAUUCACUGGGAAUUUCUCCGGUGCUGUGAGAAUCUCCUUCUCUCUCUAGUGGCGGAUUCAAGAUUCGUACGCUAUCUACCAUCUGUCUUGGCUACUGCAACCAUGCUUCACGUUAUUCAUCAAGUUGAGCCUCGCAAUGCCAUUCACUAUGAAAACCAGCUUCUUCAGGUUCUCAAAAUCGACAAGGAGAAAGUGAAUGAUUGCUAUGUGCUUAUUUCAGACUUGUCAAACAGGUGUUUACAUGGACAAAACAAUUCCCAGAAGCGCAAAAUUUGUCAAGUUCCAAGCAGCCCAAGUGGAGUAAUGGAUGAGUUUUUCAACUCGGAUAGCUCGAAUGAUUCAUGGGGAACUGUAGUAUCAUGCAUUUCUUCAACACAUCAGCCUGUCUUUAAGAAAAUUAGGGUUCAUGAACAGCAGAUGAAAUUACCAUCUUUAAGCAGGAUUUUUGUGGAUGCAAUUAAAAGCCCUCAUUAG